UGUGGAAGCACGAGAGUCAAGAUGACGUUCAUCGCCAAGACGUUUUACGACUUGAAGGCCACCACGCUGGAGGGAGACUUGGUGGACUUCAACGUGUACAGGGGACGGGUAGUCCUCAUAGAGAAUGUGGCCUCACUCUGAGGCACCACCACCCGGGACUACAGCGAGCUCAACCAGCUUCAGAGCAAGUACCCCCAUCGGCUGGUGGUCCUGGGUUUUCCCUGUAACCAGUUUGGAUAUCAGGAGAACUGCUCCAAUGGUGAGAUCCUGAGUUCACUAAGGCAUGUGCGUCCGGGUGGUGGCUUUCAGCCCAACUUCACCAUUUUUGAGAAGUGUGAUGUCAAUGGAACAAACACACACCCAGUCUUUGCCUAUCUAAAAGACAAACUCCCCUAUCCCGAUGACGACCCCAACUCCCUCAUGCUGGACCCCAAAUUUCUGGUUUGGAGUCCCAUCAGCAGGACGGAUGUGUCUUGGAACUUUGAGAAAUUUCUCAUUGGGCCAGAAGGAGAGCCCUUUAAAAGAUACAGCAAAAAGUUCCCCACCAUUGACAUCGAGCCUGACAUUCAAAGACUGUUAAGAUUAACCAAGACCUAA